UUGGCAUCCUUAGGUAUCCCUGCCCCUCUCUUUCAUACACCCUCUUCACCGGCCGAGGCUUUGAACGCUUAACGCAUCAUUCAAUUGCCUCGUCUCAUACUCCAUUUCUCGCCUUAAAGAUGGUCGUCGCUCCCCACGAUCCGUUGAAGAGCGACGAGGCAAAGGACGCCGGGUGGGAGGCCGGCAAGGGAGGUCUUAUCGGAGCAGCCAAAUGGGGUGCUGGAGCGGCAAUCCUGGGGGGCGCCUCCUUCUUCUGGUCUCCAGUCUACCGCAAAACCACCAUCCAGUUCAAAGUUUAUGUUCAAAUGUCAGCCAUGGUCCUCGGCGGCAUGAUCGAGGCAGAUCAACGCCUGAGGCAGUAUGAAGCUCAGGUGAGAGCUCAGAGAAGGUGGCUCAGAGAAAAGGCAAAGUGGGACAGAUACGAGCAAGAGAUUGCACAGAACAAUGGUAAAUAAAGAUGGAUGAACCCAGCGUGUCGGAUUUUCCAACGAUCAAAAGCUUGAUCAUGUAUAUAGCAUCAUAUGAUGAUACCCCCAAGUACCUCACAAUGUAUA